AUGUCGCAGUCAAACCUGGUCAAACUCGUGGAAGUCUGCCAGGUGCAGCUGCAGUACCUCUCCCACCAGCUCGCCGCCCAGUCGUCCGCCCGCGCGGCGCUGGAAGCCGAGCGGGUGUCGCUCGCGGCGGGCCUGGCCCGCAUGCCGCGCGUCAGCCUGGGCGACGUGCGGGGCGCGCUGGGCGUGCUGGGCGGCGGGGCCGCGGGGCUGGGGGAGACGGGAAUCGAUGGGAUCCUGGAGCAGGUGCGUGCCGAGGAGCGCAUGCUCGCAAAGGCGGCGGUGGCGCACGCAGUCGAGGCGGCGAGACGCCAUGCUGACGAGCGGCAGCCGGCGGACGCCAGCUUCCAGGCGGCGGUGCCGGCGCCGCCGCUGCUGCUAGGCAACGGUCGCAGCGGCGGCGGUGGUGGCGGCUGA